UCCAUUUUUGCUGAGUUUCCUUCUUGUUUGCAAAUAAUGGCGCGGAAGGUUGAACGAAGGCCUCUUCAAGCGCCCAAAAAUUUGCUGGAGGUAAUCUUCAUAUUAGCAGAAGCGAUAGCGUUGUUCUAUUACACUGAGAGACGCUACAUCUUAUACUUGCCCAGAGCCAUCGUUCACGCUGUGUUGGACAAGGAUAAGAAAACAAUUGGAUCUGAAUGCCGAGAAACAGGUGAUUGUGCAGAAGUGAAAGGCCGUCAAAUUGUAAAGGAGUUAUAUGAGUUCAAGAGAUUGUUGAGACGUGCCAUGCUUUUCAGCAGCCGAAAACGCGUUCUGCCAUUUCUAUUUGCUGCAGGAUUAGAUGAGGAGGAUGUCCUCUACAGGAAGACAACAUCUAGGAUUCUGAAGCCUGCUUUCACGAUUAUACGUGAUAAAGAAUCAAAAUGUUUGCUCGUGUUCAUCCGUGGCACUCGUAGCAUAAAAGACACUCUAACAGAUGCACUAUGUGCUCCUGUCUCUUUCAAUCACAACACGGUUUCAGGACAUGCACACCGUGGUAUGGAUGCUGCAGCUUCUUGGAUUGGAGAACGUUGCAUUCCUGUACUACGUAAAGCUCUUUAUCAAUACCCCGACUUCAAGAUCAAGAUCGUUGGACACUCCCUAGGUGGUGGUACUGCUGCACUGUUGACUUAUAACCUUAGAGAAAUUCAACAGUUUUCUUCAACAACUUGUGUUACCUUUGGCCCAGCUGCCUGUAUGACAUUGGAAUUGGCUGAGUUCGGAAAACCCUUUGUCACUUCCAUUGUAAAUGGUUCUGACAUAGUGCCAACAAUGUCAGCUUCUUCUGUUCAUGAUUUCAUUGCUGAGGAUCGGACUAAGGAUAAUAAAAACAUAAGCGGAAUUAGAGCUACCUUAUCUUUUGCCAAAGCUGUUACAAAAUAUGCAGCAAACUAUUGUUACGAGGCUGUGAAGAAGCAUGUGAAGAAGCAUAAACACUCAUGGUUACCGAAGUCCAAAGGUGAGAACACUCACACAUUGUCAGACAACUUGGGUGAAGCUUCUGGAUCAUCUGGGACAUGGUUUUUACCUCUUUCAAGUGAAGAGCGCUUACAGAUAGAAUCUAUUAAUGACGAUGCUGAAUAUAUUUCUAGCAACGAAGGAUCUGACAAUAUUGAUGACUCAGAUGACGAUGAAGAACAAUUGUUGAAUCAAACGGGGAAUCAUGAAGAAGAUAGUGUAAGUCAAGAUACAACAUUAGCUCGGCGACGUCUUUAUCCACCCGGCAGGAUCUUGCAUAUGAUCACUUCACAGAUGUCUGAAAAUUCAAACUCAAACCACAAUGAUGCUGAUGAAAAACAUGUCUGCUUAUAUCAAACGCCUACACAGCUGUAUGGAAAACUCAGAUUUUCUAGAGGAAUGAUAUUUGAUCAUCGCACGAAAAAGUAUAUGAACAAUCUGCAACAAUUAAUCGAUAAACUAGAGAAAAGUGAUUCAAAUAUCGUGGAGGAUUAACUUAGAGGUAACACAGAUUUUAUUUGUUGUAACUAUUUGUUUUGGAGUUUGUUAAAGAAUAAAAGUUGUAUUUGUUUUUUUUUUUACUUUAUUUAUUUA